GUUCGCUUUCCUCCCGGCCACGCGCUCCCCGGUGCAUCCUCCCCUUGCUCCUCUUCCUCCUCCUCCUCCUCCUCCUCUUUCUCCCUCGCCCUGUGCCCCUCAGCCUCGCUCCCGCGCUCCCUCUUCGUCGACCACCUCUCCCAAGUCCACCGGGUCUUCCUCCCGCGGCGGCGCCGGCGCCGAGCCCCUGGCCGCCCAUGAUGGGCUCCGUGCUCCCGGCUGAGGCCCUGGUGCUCAAAACAGGGCUGAAGGCCCCGGGGCUGGCGCUGGCGGAGGUUAUCACCUCCGACAUCCUGCACAGCUUUCUCUACGGCCGCUGGCGCAACGUGCUGGGCGAGCAGCUGCUGGAGGACAAGGGUCACCACGCCAGCCCGAAGACCGCCUUCACGGCCGAGGUGCUGGCGCAGUCCUUCUCGGGAGAGGUUUCGAAACUGUCCAGCCUGGUGCUGCCGGCGGAGGUGAUCAUCGCCCAGAGUUCCAUCCCCGGCGAGGGCCUGGGCAUCUUCUCCAAGACGUGGAUCAAGGCAGGCACUGAGAUGGGGCCCUUCACGGGCCGCGUCAUCGCCCCGGAGCACGUGGAUAUCUGCAAGAACAACAACCUGAUGUGGGAGGUAUUCAACGAGGAUGGCACAGUACGCUACUUCAUUGAUGCCAGCCAGGAAGAUCACCGAAGCUGGAUGACCUACAUCAAGUGUGCCCGGAAUGAGCAGGAGCAGAACCUGGAGGUGGUACAAAUAGGCACCAGCAUCUUCUACAAGGCCAUUGAGAUGAUCCCUCCAGAUCAGGAACUGCUGGUGUGGUAUGGAAACUCCCACAACACCUUCCUGGGCAUCCCUGGUGUGCCGGGACUGGAGGAGGAACAGAAGAAAAACAAGCAUGAGGACUUCCACCCGGCGGACUCCGCGACCGGCACCGCCGGCCGCAUGCGCUGCGUCAUCUGCCACCGCGGCUUCAACUCGCGCAGCAACCUGCGCUCGCACAUGCGCAUCCACACGCUGGACAAGCCCUUCGUGUGCCGCUUCUGCAACCGCCGCUUUAGCCAGUCGUCCACGCUGCGCAACCACGUGCGCCUGCACACGGGCGAGCGCCCCUACAAGUGCCAGGUGUGCCAGAGCGCCUACUCGCAGCUGGCCGGCCUGCGCGCGCACCAGAAGAGCGCGCGCCACCGGCCGCCCAGCACCGCGCUGCAGGCUCACUCGCCCGCGCUGCCGGCGCCCCACGCUCACGCGCCUGCGCUCGCCGCCGCCGCCGCGGCCGCCGCCGCCGCCGCGCAUCACCUGCCCGCCAUGGUACUGUGA